AUGCUCUCGCACCACAAUGUAAUAGCCCAAUGCUUGCAAAUGAAGACCAUCACCCCCCCUGGAUCAAAAACCUUUCUUGGAGCCCUGCCGCUGUUCCAUAUCACGGGCCUGAUCCGAUUCUGCAACAACCCAGUGCAUCAAAACGACGAAGUAAUUCUCCUCCCGCAGUUUACAAUGGAACUCACCCUCAAAUCCGUCGUCGAAUACCAAAUCACCGAACUCAUCCUCGUCCCACCAAUCGUCAUCCGCUUCACCCAAGACAAAAUCGUAGACCAGUAUGACCUAUCCAGCGUAAAGCGCAUAUCCUGUGGCGCGGCACCGCUUAGCAGAGAAGUUAUUCGAUUGCUUGCUAAGCGAUUUCCCGAUGCAGGAUUUAAACAGGGGUACGGCAUGACGGAGUCAUGCGGCUGUCUCUCGUCGCACUCUGAAAGGUUCUCUAGCUAUGACUAUGCGGCGACGGUAGGCGACUUGAUCCCGUCUACCGAAAUCAAAAUUGUCAACGACCAAGGGAACGAACUGGGAUACAAUAAACCGGGUGAAAUUCUCGCCAAGGGCCCGCAAAUCGCAAUGGGAUAUCUGAGAAAUGAGGGCGCGACAGCUGAGUCCUUUGACCCGGAUGGCUUUUUACACACAGGAGAUAUUGGCAGCAUGAAUGAGGAGGGGCUUCUCUCGAUAGUUGAUCGGAUCAAGGAAAUGAUCAAAGUGAAAGGAAUCGCCGUUGCGCCGGCGGAACUGGAGGAUCUGCUCCUGGGCCACCCGAAUGUAUCUGACGUUGCUGUUGUCGGCAAACAAGACGACUAUGCAGGUGAACGGCCAAAGGCACACGUUGUCCUGAAACAGGGCGUGGAGAAAUCCGAGGCAGUUGGUCGGGAGCUGAUACAGUAUGUCAAGGAGAGGAAGGUUAGGUUUAAAUGGGUGAAAGAGAUCGAGUUUACGGAUUCCGUGCCGAAGAGCGCCAGUGGGAAGAUUUUGCGACGAGUGCUAAAGGAAAGGGAGAGGAGUGGGUUGAGAGGGUUUGUAGUCCGCGAGAACAAAAAGGCGAGGGCGAGAUUGUGA